UGAGGGUUUGCCUUCCUAAUACUGUUUUUUACUAUUCUAUUUCAUUUUUUUUUUUAGUUAUGCUUUACAGUAUUCUGUAUUCUCUUUCAUGUUUCUUAUGUUCUUACCUUGGUGAAGGGUACCCCUUCAUUUUCACAUUACACAAGCUUUUCAUUAAAUCUUUGCGGCAGGCUUGUUAAUAUAUAUGAAACACUUUAUUUUUCAUGCCUUGUUGGAAAUAGGAAUUCCCAUACACCGUUCUAUCAUUACUGGUCAAAAUGAGCUUUGAUUAACAGUGGUAAGUUCACAUAGUAACAACAAGUGUUGCUUAGUCUACUCCUAUUCUGGUUGUUGAAUAAAUAUUUGAAACAGUGAAUCCAUUUUAAAACUCUAGCUACCUAUAUUUCUGUGCUGUCCAAUGCUAAUAGCAGCUCCCCUUUCCAACAUCCUCAAGUUCUCCCUUUUGUUGCUCUGGUGGUGGAUUUAGGAGUGAAUUAUGUACAGCAUAGUUCUGCAGAUCUGUUUCUCACUGUGCAAAAUUCCUAUUUACAGAUAGUGAAGAACAAGCAGUAUGACAUGCAUGUUGAAGUUACAACAUUAAAACAAGAAAAUGACAAGACUUUUGGUAACGAAGACAGAAUGUUUGAGGGAUACAAAACAUCUGAAGGGUUUAGGAGAGAAGACUUUGCAAAGAUGAAUUCUUUCUUAGGGGAAGAGAUUUUGAGAACUGCUGAUGAUACUCAGUUGGAGUAUUUUACAGAGGAAUAUGAUGAUAUUAAAUUUCAAGGUCUCCGACAUGAUGUGACUGCCAGACAGUUGGCUGAAGUUAAACUUUUAGACAGCGUUACAAUUGAGGAGCUCCGUUCUGGGCAGAAGACUAUUAAUGAGGUUCAGAAAAGUCUUGAAAAAUUCUUAACUAAACCUACAGCUAUAGCUGGGCUGUACCUUGAAUCCAGCAAAGAAAUACUCUCUUUUGCUUUAGCGGUAAAGAAAAGAAUCAUAGGGAAAGCAUUGGCAUUAGCAUUUUUAGAGGCCCAAGCAGCUACUGGUUUCAUCAUUGAUCCUACAACAGGUCAGAAAUUCUCUGUUGAUGAUUCAGUUGUUAGGGAGCUGGCAGAUAAUGAAUUCAGGAGUAGACUGCAUGAGGCAGAGAAAGCUGUUUUGGGUUAUUGCUGUUCUGGUAAAGUGCUAUCUGUGUAUCAGGCUAUGGAAGCUCGACUUGUAGAAAGACAAAAAGGUAAAAAUAUCCUUGAAGCUCAAAUUGCAAGUGGGGGGGUCAUUGAUCCUAUAAGAGGUGUUCGUGUACCUCCGGAAACUGCAGUGCAGCUUGGCUUGCUUAGUAACACAGUUUUAAAAUUUUUACAUGAGCCCUCUAGUAAUGCAAAAUGCUUUCACAAUCCAAAUAACAGGAAAGCUAUGUACUACUGUGAUUUGCUGAAAAUGUCUUUAUUCAGUGUAAGCAGUAAAUGUUUUCUGCUUCCAGUUGGUGAAAGGAAAAUAAGCAGCCCAUCUGCAGAGAAAAGUCAUAAAAUUUCUGUAGUAGACAUCAAAACAGGAGCUGAAAUGUCUUCUUAUGAGGCUUAUCAGAAAAAAUGUGUUGAUAAAGCUACAUAUCUUGAGCUUUCAAAACAGGAAUUUGAUUGGAAGGAGUCUACGUGUUUUGACUCAGAUGGGAAUUCUUUUCUUUUGCUUACAGAUCUUAAAACUGGUGUACAGUUUAAUAUCGAGGAGACCUUAAAUCAGGGUAGAAUUGACAGAGCAGUAGUCAAUAAAUAUAAGGAGGGUUUAAUCACAAUUAAUGAGUUUGGAGAUAUUUUACUUACCGGUUCACAACCAAAUAAAGAUUUAAAGAGUCCUAUUGCAGGAUUUUGGCUUUCUGAAACCAAUGAAAGAAUUCCAGUUUUAAAAGCCUCGCGCAAAAACCUGGUAGAUAGAGUUACUGCUCUCCGGUGUCUUGAAGCUCAGGUUAGUACAGGAGGCAUAAUUGAUCCAUUUACUGGGAAAAAGUACAGUGUUUCAGAAGCUUUGCAAAGGGAGUUAAUUGAUGAUGGUUGUGCCAAGCAAAUUCAGCAAUGUGAACUAAUCUUUACUGGGAUCAUUCACCCUGUAAGGAAUACAGUUAUGUCAGCUGUUGAAGCUAUGAGUGUAAAUGCCCUAGACAAGGAAAUGGGUAUGCGCUGCCUGGAGUAUCAGUACCUGACUGGUGGGUUGAUAGAUCCAAAAUCUCACUCCAGAUUAACAAUGGAAGAUGCAAUUAAGAGUGGUGUUAUUGAUGCUGUCACAGCUACGAAGAUGAAAGAUGAAAAAAUGUAUGUUAAAGUUAUAACAUGCCCCAAAACAAAGAAGAAGUUAACCUACAAAGAAGCUUUAGAGAGAGCUGUUUUUGAUUGCCACACUGGACUACGAUUAUUAGAAGCUGCUCAACCCAUGAAAACGGGAAUUUCUAGUCUAUAUUAUGCUUCGUAAUGGAAUAAGAUAUUAGUGCUCGUUUGGGGCCUGAUUUAAAGUCAAUUCAAGUCAAGGAAAAGAUCUAUGAUUACUUUUAUGAAAAGUCACAGAUGGUAUUGUCUAGUGUAGUCAUGAGUUGCUUUAAAACUAAUUAGUAUAAACCACUAAUUAGUAUAAACCAGUAACCUGUAAUUAGCUAUUACUUUUCAUAAAGUUUAAAAUUUUAGGUAAACUUAGGUAAAUUCAUAAUUUCAAAAUGCAGACUGUGUUCAGUGUUCACCUGAAGGCCAUAUCUGACAUAACGUACAUGUAGGUGUUACAAAACAGAAGUUAUACCGAGGUUGGUGGAGUUAACAUUAGUGCGAAAUACGUAUAUUUAGGUGAGAUGAGAAUCAGAUUUUUAUAUUAAAAACUGAAAGAGAUUGCCCAUUUUGUGAAUGAAGACAGUGCAGUAUUUCAUACAACGCACUUCAUUUAAUAUUAAAAAUCACUUUGCAACUAUAAUUUAUUGUACAAAGGUUAAAAAGUACUAUACAAGGGCUAAAUCUGCAGUCCAGUAGGCACUUAAUGCAUAAGUAGCUUUUUCCGUGAUAGUAUUUAAUUAAUUUUAAAAGGCUACUCAUAUCACAAAAUUGCAUAUCCAGUUUUUUUCACACUUCAGGUAACUUUUUUGAUAAUUUUUUUCAAAACUUUAAUAGGGAAAUGAAUUACUAUUACAUAUCCAAUUAAUAAAAAUACCAUUGAAAUAGAAUGUCUUCAUUUUUACUUCUUCAAGGUCUUCAUUUUAUUUGCGGAAGCACUUCAUUUUUACAUGGAAGUGCUUAGAUGUGUUUUCUAAGUACUAUUACAUUUCAAACUACUAACAGGUCAUGUUACUAUUAAAAUGUAUAUGUAUUUUUCCAUGCAGAAAAAUAUGAAAUGUGUCAGCAUUUUACUUUUAUUGUCCUUGUUUCUGUAGACAUAGAAGCAAUGUAUUCUUCCUAACUGUAAUUUAGUAAUCCAUGUUCAUAGAUUAUAAAAUACCAGUAUCCUGUGUUAGCUUUAGAUAUCCAUACCUGAGGGUAAUGCAAAGGCAGCAAUUCAAAGAUAGUUUAUAUGCAAAUGUUUUUCAGAUUUUAUCUGCUAAGUAGUGGCUGGGAAGCUAUAUAUUAUUUUUUUAAUAUCAAUCAUUUUAUAAUGAAUGUACAUGUGUAUGAUUAAGCACCAUAAUCAUAAUUACAUAUCUUUUGAGGAAUUAUUCUCUUAAUGUGUAUAAUUAUGUGGCAUUUUUGUUCUUACGUCAAAGUGUUGCAAUAAUGCAUGUGGUGAUAAAUAAAAAGAAAUAGCUUUACGGUUAU